CUCCAGAACGUGGUUGUCUUUUUCUGAUCCACGUGUGAGGGAGGAGGACGUUGGAGGUUGUUGGAGUGAAAGUAUUCGGAUUUGUCUUUGGAAAACCCUUCCACAUUUAAGCAUGUACCGCGUUCCGGGUGUGCUGCGCGGCUCGUCGGCGGCGGCGCGCCAGCUGACGCGCUGGUACGCCAAGGACGUGCGCUUCGGCGGCGACGUGCGCGCCACCAUGCUGCAGGGCGUGGACGUGCUGGCCGACGCCGUGGCGGUCACCAUGGGACCCAAGGGCCGCAAUGUGAUCCUGGAGCAGUCGUGGGGCUCGCCCAAGAUCACCAAGGACGGCGUGACGGUGGCCAAGGCCAUCGAGCUCAAGGACAAGUUCCAGAACAUCGGCGCCAAGCUGGUGCAGGACGUGGCCAACAACACCAACGACGAGGCCGGCGACGGCACCACCACGGCCACCGUGCUGGCGCGCGCCAUCGCCAAGGAGGGCUUCGAGAAGAUCAGCAAGGGGGCCAACCCCACCGAGGUCCGCAAAGGCGUGAUGCUGGCGGUGGAGGCGAUCGUGGCGCACCUGAAGACCAUGUCAAAGGCGGUGACGACGCCCGAGGAGAUCGCCCAGGUGGCCUCCAUCUCGGCCAACGGCGACAACAAGAUCGGCGACCUCAUCUCCAGCGCCAUGAAGAAGGUGGGCCGCGACGGCGUGAUCACGGUCAAGGACGGCAAGACCAUGCACGACGAGCUCGAGGUGAUCGAGGGCAUGAAGUUCGACCGCGGCUACAUUUCCCCCUACUUCAUCAACUCCAGCAAAGGCGCCAAGUGCGAGUACCAGGACGCGCUGGUGCUGCUCUGCGAGAAGAAGAUCUCCAACAUCCAGCAGAUAAUCCCCACGCUGGAGAUGGCCAACCAGGCGCGCAAGCCUCUGGUGAUCGUCGCCGAGGACGUGGACGGCGAGGCGCUCACUACGCUCGUGGUCAACCGGCUCAAGAUCGGCCUCCAGGUGGUGGCCGUCAAGGCGCCCGGCUUCGGCGACAACCGCAAGAACACGCUGCAGGACAUGGCCAUCGCCACCGGCGGCGUCGUGUUCGGCGACGAGGCCGCCUCCGUCAAGCUCGAGGACGUGCAGAUCUCUGACCUGGGCCAGGUCGGCGAGGUGCAGGUCACCAAGGACGACACGCUCAUGCUCAAGGGCCGGGGCAACAAGGUCGACAUCGACCAGCGCUGCAACCAGCUCAAGGACCAGAUCGAGGAGACCAACUCCGAGUACGAGAAGGAGAAGCUGCAGGAGCGGCUGGCGAGACUCGCCGCCGGCGUCGGCGUGCUCAAAGUGGGCGGCUCGAGCGAGGUGGAGGUGAACGAGAAGAAGGACCGCGUGACGGACGCGCUGAACGCCACGCGCGCCGCCGUCGAGGAGGGCAUCGUGCCGGGCGGCGGCGUGGCUCUGCUGCGCUCCGCCAGCUCGCUCAGCGGCCUCCAGCUCGCCAACGACGACCAGAAGACCGGCGUGGAGCUGGUGCGGCGCGCGCUGCGCAUGCCGCUGCAGACGAUCGCGGCCAACGCCGGCGUGGAUGCGGCCGUGGUGGUGGCGCGCGUGCAGGACGCCUCGCCGGAGAUCGGCUACGACGCGCUCAACGACGAGAUGGUCAACAUGAUGGAGCGUGGCAUCAUCGACCCCACCAAGGUGGUGCGCACGGCGCUGACGGACGCGGCCGGCGUCGCCUCUCUGCUCACCACGGCGGAGGCCGUCGUCUGCGAGAUGCCCAAGGAGGACAAGGCCGACGCCAUGGGAGGCAUGGGCGGCAUGGGCGGCAUGGGUGGCAUGGGUGGUAUGGGUGGAAUGGGCAUGUAAGCACGUGGCGAAGGCCACACCCGUCAUUUGUAUCUCAUCAGUCAUCCGUUUCGUGCCGAUGGGGAUGUUAGUCAUGUGAUAGUGCCGAGGGAUCAGGUCGCUGGAGCAGAUGGUCCCGACCAGCUAUUAUAUUCGUUAUAUUGUGGUUUGUACGUCGGCGUACGCGCAUGCAUUACAGGACUGCUCUGCCACCGUGUAUGCGUGUGUGUGUGUGUGUGUGCGUGUGCGUGGUGAGCGUCUGCCCGCCUCAGUCAGGGCGCCGUGUGGGUGUGUGUUACCGCGCGGCCGGCGGGGGCCGGCUUCCUCGUUCCCGGACGGUUAUACCACGGCAGGCCUGCGCGUCCGGGGCCGGGCGACCCGUCCCCCGCCAGCGAGACGCGCUCCGCGACUCUACCAUCGUGUAUCAUCCUGCCGAUUGUGCGGCUCUCGCCCAAAUACAUAUUUUGUACCGAU